AUGAAUGCUACAGAGACUUCUGUCGCUCCUUACUCAGCUGUUGCCUCCUGGCUGUACCAAAAACUAGCGUUGGUCCACGCAAAGACCGUAUCGACAUUCAAAUCGACUACGAGUCCUGCUCUCACCGAAAAGUCGAAAGAGCAUCAAGAAUGGGUUCCAUCGACACUGAAAAAAUCAAUAGCUCUGCCUUUUGCGGCAUUCUGCUUCCUUCUCGUGGGAGCGCUGGAAGCACUGCGUGUCGCUGUCACCAAGAACCAAGGAAUCUCUGCUAGCGAAAAAGAAACUGUGUUUUUCCUCAAGUACUUGCCAACCUUCUGCGUGGUUCUCCUCGGACUUGUCUGGAAGUCCGUCACCUCCGAAGUCAAAAAACUCACGCCAUGGUCCGCCAUGAGCGGCAAAUGGGCCACAGCCGAAGAAUCCGUUCUGGUCAACUACAUCGACAGGCUUGAGAUCUUCGCAGUGUUUUCUUCUGCUAAACGAAAGCACUGGGCGGUAUUCAUGGCGAUUGUGAUGGGAUUCAUGAUCGGAGCUGCCGUCACGGCAGCCAACGCCUUGGCUUACAAGGAUUUAUCUGCCACCACACAUUUUGAUACCCCGAUGAAGAGGCUAUCACGCUUCGACUUCGAUGGCACACUUUUCCGUCGGGAUCCGAACACGACGAUAACAGACUACAUGGGUCGCGCUAGAAACCGCCCGUAUGCAGCAGUAGCUGCCGAGCGUCUUGUUGGAGGGCAAUCAGCAGAUUUUACGAGCCAGGCGUACGCGUUUGACAGGUUCGCCAGUGUAACUGAACCACCGACAAACAGCACCACCCAAGCCAACGUGGCCGCGUUUAACGUGGACUGGGGUUGCCAACAACUUAAUUAUACCAUCAAUUAUCACCAGAGGGAUCCCUCUAAGGAAUUGCAGAGCGACUACGAUUUUUGGGAUACCUACAGUUAUUGGGAUCUCAAUGCGCAUAAAGCCGAUACAAAAUGCCCUCAAGGUAUCACGCAACGAGUGACUGAUUCAAGCGAGGGCGCCAAGGACAUCAGGCAAUAUGCAUGGCUGAAUGUCACGUCUUGUACAGGCCUGAGGGAUCUCCGGCUGCUCGCAACCUUUUUCCAAAUUAACCCGAAUAACGAGACACAAGCCGUUGGGGUCAUGUGCACUCCUCAAUUCACUAUCGGGCAGGCACUGGUACGAAUUGAUCAGUCUGGUAAGGUCCAAAGCUACAAAGCAGACCAGUCGACAUUUGAAAAAAUUGACAUUGGAACCCCCAUGGAAGCCAUCUAUCUCUAUCUAGUUGGCAUUAAUGACGCAUAUGAUGGGGCAGACACCGGAGAGCGAAGCUUUACGGAGGUGGCUUGGAACAAAUCGAUUGAUCUGACCUUUGUACAUCUCGCAGCAUAUGGAUUCGUUUUCGGCAACUCUUUCGACACAUUCUUCCAGUCCAUGACAGAGUCUGGUAUGCCCAAACUGAAUCAGACAUACUUGGAAGAUCCCGAUCUGUUUGAGAUGGAGACAAAAACCCUCGCUAGACAAAUCAUGACGCAAGUCGUCAGCGUGUUUGCCAGGGUGAAUGAAGAUACCCCUAAGUCGAUGAAUGGGACAAUAACCCUGAAAGAGCCUAGGUGGUUAUUAAGGUAUACUGCGCUCCGGAUACUCCAGGCCAUAUUGGCCAUGCUGGGGAUAGUAAUGGUUUUGCUGUCGACAUUGCUAAGGCCGAAGUCUUUGCUCAAGCAAGACCCUGGCCUGCUAGCUGAUACAGCUAUCGUCUUAGCACGCUCCGGUUUGGUGGAAGAAAUACUCAGCCCACACGCUGUCACGUCGGACAAAGAAAUGCAAAAGUCGCUAGCAUCAACCCGUUGGCGACUGCACGAAGAAAGCCGUGGCAGCACUUCUGGGCCGAUUCUCGAAGUCGAUACGACGCCGUUACCUGCAGAAGGCCUUUCUCCAGCGAGAUGCCCCACAGUGCACUCUGGAUGCCAUCCAAUCGCUUUGCGUACGGAUGUUAAAUGGGUCGUUGCCGUGGCUUUUGGCGUUGUCAUAGCCGUCCUUGGCCUGCUUCAGGGCCUUUCCACUAUUCGCAAAGGCAUCUGCAUGGACGGUACGACAGCUUCGAAUCUAUUCAACUAUGUACCUACGCUGGUACUGGUUUUGUUGAGUAGCUCAUGUUCGGCUCUGGAUGGCGCCACGCGGGCAAUGAUGUCUUACAGAAGCCUCAGGAAACCAUCCAAAAAACAACCGCUCCUUUCCAACUUCCAGGACACGUCAACUUUCCAUGCACUCUUUAGGUCCCACACAAAGUCUGGCAGGGUUGGAUUCGCGCUCGCAGCGGCCUCCUUUGCUACGCUUGUCUUCCCUUGGAUCAAGAUUGUUGCCGCAGGUCUUUAUGGCACGACGACUCUGACAAUUUCGGAUCCUGCCAUCUUACACAUGGACAACAGCAUUAUUGAGGGCUCCGAAACUUAUUUCCUUUCCAGUCAAAAUGACCUUACAACCGCUACCUCGAAGGCCUCAAAGUUCACCGAGUGGUCAGUGACACCGGACUUUGGAAUUGGGCAGAGACCUGGAGUCCUCGACAACCUUGUGAUCAGUAAUCUCACAGAGUGGUCAUCAAAGCGAGCUGCGACCGAUAUGGCGGCUUAUGAAAUCGAAGCCAUGGUUAAGGCGAUUGCUGUGAACAGCCAUUGUGAAGCAGUCCACUCGGAUGAGUUUGAGGUCCUGGCUCAUUGGAGCACCGACUGUGGCAACAGGACUCUUUUCGAUUUUCGUUGCAAGACCGACCACUGCACAAAAACUUUAAACAUCAUCGAAAAACAUCGAAACGAACCAAUCAACUUUAUGGCGUUCAGUCAGCCGGAAUGCGUUCUCGGGUCUUAUAUGGGUAUAUCUUGGUGGGACCUCUACGAUGUCACGCGUAGUGUGUUCCUGGCCGAUUUCUCCAGCGUGACGGGCCCAUUCCAGAACUACACGGCGAUAAAUGCCAACCAAAGUACUGUCGUCGACUCCAGCAUGUUCAACGUCUCACUACCAACCUUACGCGCCGUAUCAUGUCUGUACAACGUAUCGGCUGUCGACGUCAACGUCACAUUCACUCGAAAUACAAAUCUCGACGUCGGCGGUGCGACCGUCACGCUUCCCUGGGCCCCAUCUAGCUACGAUCGUGAAUCUCUCGUUUAUCGCUCAUACAUGGACGAACUAUCUUCAGGCGCACUAGAUGCUUCUGGUAACGGUGACUCCGUCUCGUACUACCCUAAACUAACAACGGAUAAAGUAAUGGCGGGCAGAUUGAACAGCACCUCCCUCUGGCCGAACUCCACCGACACUACCAACGUCUAUGAGACCGUGGCCGCAUACGCGCAAUACCAAGUUGGCAAUCUCAGCGCACUACUCGACGCGGAGCAACUUGCCGAAGCCGUGUCGACAAUCCAGCGGAUCCUGGGCACGGAAACGCUGACGAACGCGCGCCCCUUAAUCCUCGAGGCGGCGAACGCGUCCAGCGCGAAGACCAUCACAGGCACUGCGCGCCAUCGCCAAACGCGCAUCAACCAAGACGUCACGACGACAAUCGUGCUCGAGGUCCUGCUCAGCGUGGUGCUGGCCUGCCUCCUCUGGAUCAUCUACCGCUUCCCGAGCUCGUCGAUGCUGCCGAAAGAGCCCAACUCGAUCGCGGCGCGGCUGUCUCACUUUGCGGGCAGCGCGCUGGUGCGCCGCGUGCGCGACGAGGGCGUCUCGCGUGUCGAGGAGACGAGCAUAUGGAACGAGAAGGCGGGGCUGGGAUGGUGGCCUGUCUCUGGCUCCGAAGAGGAUUCAGCGUCGAAUCAGAGUCAGGAGCACCGCCAGUGGAGAUGGGGCAUCGAUGUAGGGCCCGACAUGGUGCAGCAGGACUGGGACUGUCCGCCCUUUGGCGAGGGCGCAGUGAGUGGCGACAGAGAUAGUGGGGACGAGACGGAAGGCGAUGCUGACUCGUCGUCUCCGGGUCCUGAACAAGCGACCACUGCCGCUCCGAGUCCGGUUUCGCCGGCUUAUGAGCGGGUCAGCGCGGCUGAGGGGGAAGACGUCCUGCAGCGGGGGGAGGAGGGUGAUGGUGGGAGGGUUUAG